ACAUUAAUGUCCGCGUGUUGCAAGACCUGCGUCCUGCGCGCGCGGUUUGUCGGGCAGGAGCUCCAGACCGGCGGAGAGGAGAGGCUGCACGGCGCCCCGCCCCUCUCGGACACGUUGCCCGGGGAGAGGCUGCACGGGCUGGAUGGGACUCCUGCCCGCGCGCCUUCCUUCCUGCGUCUGCUGGUUUCAUGGUUUAUGGUUUCAGCCCUUCGUCAUCAGCCAGCUCGGUCCGCCAGACACACACGCCGCGCGCGCACGCACGCACACGCGGCUGCUGCUCGUCCUCAACUCAUCGAGCCGGACGGGAAACGCACGGUUCACUUCUGGUCUGUGAUGCUCUCUGCUGGCUGAGAGAGUUUAACUCCACAAUGUCGACCUCAGACUCCGAUUACUCCAUUGACUGGCUCGCCAGCGACGAGGACGACUUUGACAGCCCAAAGAGAUUAAGUCCUCAGCUCACGGAGGAGCCGCCGGUAUCACCAUCAUCAUCCUCUUCCUCUUUAAGGGAAUCUCCUUCAAGCUGCUUCCACCGUGAAGCGACCCGGAGGAGGAGCAGGAGCGACUGCUGUGGGGUCGAUGCUGGCUCCGCAGCCGCCCUGCAGGCCCCGGCAGUCAGUCCAGUUUGGGGAUUUACCUGUGUUUAUACGCAGCAGACGCUUUCUGUGGAGUCCAAGCAUCAGUCGAGCAGGAAGAGAGCACACUGCGCUGGUUUGGACGGACUCUGUGAAAAGCCUCGAGCACACACUGAAAACGAACUGUUCUCGCAGAAGUGCAUGGAGCUGCAGUGCUACAUCCAGCCUCUGUCGUCCAUCCUGCGGGGCCUGAGAUCAGGCAGGUACUCUGAGCGUCUCAGCAGUUUCCAGGAGAGCGUCGCAAUGGACCGCAUCCAGAGAAUAAUGGGGGUCCUUCAGAAUCCAAACAUGGGGGGACGCUUCCUCAGCAUCCUACUGAAAAUAGAGGAAAUGCUCCAGAGCUGGUUCCCUCGGAUCAAACCAGGUCUGACCUGCACAGACGACGGCACUCCGGCUAAGAAGCUAAAGCAGCAUCUCGACACCGCCUCCCCUCCUCCAUCCUCUCUGGAGCCGCCUCUCGCAUCCUGUCACUCCUCCACCCGCCUCAAAUGGCUUCACACGUCGCCCAUCUGCUCCCUGAAGAUGCCCGAAUCAACGCUCGGCCAGCCCUCCGCCUCCCCUCUGCCCGCAUGCUGCGGCCAGGAAGUGACCCAGGACAACACGGUCUCCUCCAGCACCGACCGACCAAAGGGACCCCUGCGCCGCCUCGGAGCUGACCCUCGUCUCAGCCGGGGGCCGCUGCCCUUCAAGAUCAGCUCGCCGUGUCUGGUGAGACUCCUGCAGGCGAAAGAGAGCAUCAUCGCUCCCAGGACUGUGGGAGAUGGAGGCUGGUUGUCGUAGCCGCCAGCGGAGAAGUUUAGGGAGGACGCUUCACGAUCAGAUCCGGGUGGGACAGGAUCUCAUCAUUCAGGCCCCACGUGGCUUCCACAGAGCCUGAAGAUACUAAAAGGCCUUAAAAAAAAAAAAAAAAAAAAAAAAGCAUGUUUCAAAGUCUUCUACAUCUUUCUUUUUAAAUCUACAGCUGACGUGCAGUUCACUCAGAUUCCAGGUUUUCAAGGACGAGUGGAAAAAUAAAAGACGGGGGCCUUGGAUAAAACGACUGCACAGAUCUGACGGUUGUUUUGAUGACAGCUGACUUUUAGGACGCUGUACAGGCGGAUUAACUGUGCGAGCAAACGGCCCUUGACAUUUGUUUGAGUUGGAUGGAUUUCAUCUUCUAAUGAGUUUAAAGGUUAAGCAGAAGUUGGCAGAGGAGAUCGUUACUGAGAUCUAUUUCCUCGCCACAAGACAGGAGUGAACACGUGAGCUCUUCUGAACACACGAACUCUAUUUAUGGAUCAAAAGAUGAAUGAACGCGCACGACAUUUGUUGUGGAGACUUCUGAUUUUCAUACCUGAGCACUUGUGAUCUGCUUCUCUUUUUGUUUUUAAUGAUUCCUCUACCUCAUGCUGACACCACAACACAGACGACCUGCACGGCAAAUCUCCACAACUUCAGACUUUUACAGGAGCUGAGAAAAGCAGCCUCCCUUGUAGCUUCAGGGCAAAAAUCAGUAUCACAGUUAUCAAGAAUAUUUUUCAAAUAUGAAAAUAUUUCAUGAUAUAAACACUCACUGAAGGAUAAAUUGAAUUUGUGCUCGGCGCUACUUGGGUGUUUCAGAAGGUUUUAUCAACUGUUUUUCCUUGAUCCGCAGAGAACAAUGUGAGACUUUCAGGCUGGUGAACUUCCAGAAACACUAAAUAUAUUUGGUCUGCAGUGGCGACUGCCUGCUAACAUUUACAUUUUAAUAUUGUUGUGAAAGAACAAUCACAGGGACCCCAGAGGAAAUUUAGAAUUUAAAAGCUGUGUUUGGAGUAAAUCGCAGUACUCACGUGUACUUUGAGAGCGUAGCUGUUUUUAAUAAUAAUAAUAAGCUUAUAUUUUUAUAGCGCCUUUCACAGGACCCUAGGAUGCUUUACACAUAACUACAGAGACAACAAACAACAAAAGGCCAUUCUGGAUUGAAUGCCUUGGUAAAGAGCUGGGUUUUUAGUAGAUUUUUCAAAGUGUCCAGAGAGGUUUCAGAUCUCUAUGGGGAUGGAGUUCCCGAGGGGCCGGGGAGGGGGUCCAGUAGGUACUGGGGGGGCAGUGGCAUGGAGAGACUUAAGGUGAGGAGGGUUUUGUAGGUGGAGCCAGUGAAGUUGAAUGAGGAUUGGUGUGAUGUGCUGCCACGGCCUAGUGAGAGUGAGCAGAGUUCUGGACACGUUGCAGCCUGUCCAGGACCUUGCUGGCCACCACAGACGGGACACCGUUGCAGUAGUCCAAGCAGGAGGUGAUGAAGGCAGGGCAGAGGUGACACGAGCGAGUCGGAGAGUGACGGCCGAACUCUGGAGAUGUUUUCGAGGUGGUGGAAGGCAGACUUGGUAAUGAGUCCUCGUUCUGUGCAGGAAUUUAUUCUUAAGUUCAGCUGAAGCUGAUACAAGCAGUGCAACUCCAGUGGGAAUCUUCGUCCUGGCAGUCAUGUGAAGGUUUAUUGCUGGUGUUUUGUCCCGGUGUCGUGCCGAAAAGUGAUCGUCCGCAGAAAACUGAUGUUUGGUAGGCCUGUGUGUAAUAUCUUUGUUUAUUAACAUGACUUACUGCCAACUUAGAUAUAAAAUGAAGACCAUUUUGUAAUUAUCCUUAUGGCUCUGCAUUAUUUUACUUGCUGUGUUGGCCUACCAACCAAUCCACUCUUUUUUUUUUUUUUUUACCUGUUAAAAUACCUUUAAAUGGCCAAUACAACUCAUAAAAUGCAGUAUUUCACUUGACAGAAAAUGAUUGAAGCCUUUUGUUAUUGUUCUGCACUGAAAUUAGUUGAUUUCAUUCAGAAGAGUUAUAUUUGACAGAUUAUAGCUCACCUAGUACUUUUUUACCUCUUGAAAUACCUUUUAAAAUGGCCAAUACAACCCAUAAAAUGCAGUAGGCUGUUUCACUUGCCAGAAAGUGAUAGAAGAGACUGGGCAAUACAGCUCCAGUCUUCAGCAGAUUAUCUCCAUGUGGCUGCCAGGAAGUAUCCCUCCGCUGCAGCUCAGCAGAGCAAACCAGCGUGGAAGAAUCCCACGCUGGUUUGGCUUACUCAAGACUGCUGAAGCUUCACGUUAGCUUUAGCUGAAGCUGCACAGAACUUGUACCCCAUUAUUCCAAAAUCUAACUUCUGUUAAAAUGUGGGAAAAGUAAAUAUUGGAUCUGCUGGUUCCUAAAAUCCUCUGUCCUUUUAAGACAGUCAUGACACCAAAGCAUCCGAGAAGUAAGUGUGUGGAAGCAUUUUAAAAAAAAUUGUGGUGAAAGUUUGCUGACUUAAGCCGUAAAAUUGCAGCAACGACAAAUUGGUGUCCGCUGUAGUUAAACCACUUCAGAAUUACGUGUUGUGGGUUGCAAAUUAAUUGGAAAGAAUUCAGCUUUAAGGCGUCUCCACAGUCAGUGUUUCAGUCUCACAGUCCUUCUGUCCACACAGGCUGCGUAACGGCUUGUUACCGUGACCAAAAGAGAUUUUUUUUUUCUUCAGUUUUACCGCAGUGAUUGUGUGUAUGACUGAGCGCUGCCAAAACACAGGUGACCUACGCUCAAUACUGUGCCUGAACGCCCCCUGUGUAGACAGAUCGAAGCUGCUUGGAUGUUUUGCGUUUGUUCUCAUUCUGUCUCGAAUUACAUUUUUGGAAAGAUUUACAUUCCUAACAGCUACAUGACAUGCGAGUAUUAAGACCGUACAAUCCAAACUUAUCCUUUAACCAACAGUUCUUUUGCCAAGAACAGAUAGUUUGAACUCACAGCUUGGAGAUGUAGAGAGGUUUUCUUUUAUGUACAUAGUUUUUUUUUUUUCCACCGUUUAUUUACUCCCCCUAACAGAUGGCCUUUGUGAUAUUUUGUACUUAUGAAAUAAAUGUGGUGUCUGCUUUCUGACA